AACUACUCCUCAGUUGCGGCCUUAUUCCCCUCUCCCAUUCGCCCGAGCGGGAAACCCUAACCCUAGCGAGCACGGCAUCCGCGAUGGAGAUCGAGCGCCAUCGCUACGGCUCCUCCUCCUCCUCCUCCUCCUCCGCCGCCGCGUCGCCGAAGCAGAGGCCCCGUCACUCGAUCGGCUUCUCCUGCUGCUUCAGCACCUCCGGCGGCGGAGAGGCGCCGGCGCCGUCGCCGACGCAGUCGCUCCUCCGCUCGUCGUCGACGUGGCUGCGCGCAAGGGCGCAGGAGCUCCCGGACCUCGUGGGGCGAUUGGGGCGGCGCCGCCGCUUCGCGUCCGGCGAUUUCAGGUACGACCCCCUCAGCUACGCCCUCAAUUUCGACGAAGGGGGGCUCGACAUCGACGACGACGAGGACGAGGACGACGACGGAGCCAACGUUGGACUGGGGAUCGGGUCCCGCCACUUCUCCUACCGUCUCCCCGCGCCGCCGCCGCGUUCGGAGAUCGCAGUAGGGGUCGCGUGAUCAUCUUCGUUUUGUAUCGUUGAUUAAGUGAUUGUUUGAUCUUCAUUGUUGUACUUGUCAUCGUAGCACAUGUUUUGGACUCCUUUUGUUUCCAUAAAUUAUUAAGAAAAAUGUUAUCCCGGCAAGUAGUAGGUGUA